AAUGGGUAUCUGUUUUCAUCUGUGUAGAUGCUGCUCUACUGGACCAUCAGCCUUCUGCUGGCCACGGUCAAAGGGGGUGAGAUCUGCUAUGGACAUCUUGGCUGCUUUUCCAAUGAGAAGCCUUGGGCAGGGACACUUCAGCGGCCUUUGACAAUGUUCCCCUGGUCCCCCGAGGACAUUGGUACCCGCUUUCUUCUGUACACAAAUGAAAAUCCAAACAACUACCAAGUGAUCACUGCCAUUGACCCAGUCACCAUUGAGGGCUCCAACUUCCAAAUGGACCGCAAGACACGCUUCAUCAUCCAUGGUUUCACAGACAAAGGAGAAGGGGACUGGCUGACAGACAUGUGCAAGGAUAUGUUUCAAGUGGAGAAGGUGAACUGUAUUUGUGUGGAUUGGAGGCAAGGGUCCCGGACCACAUAUACCCAAGCCACCUACAACACUCGGGUCGUGGGCGCAGAAAUUGCCUUCUUAAUACAAGUGCUGUCGACUGAGCUGGAGUACAGCCCCGAGGACGUGCACCUCAUCGGCCACAGCCUGGGAGCGCACGUAGCCGGGGAGGCGGGCAGGAGGCUGGAGGGCCACCUGGGCAGGAUCACAGGGCUGGAUCCUGCAGAGCCGUAUUUCCAGGGCCUGCCUGAGGAAGUUCGGCUGGACCCAUCAGAUGCCAUGUUUGUAGAUGUGAUUCACACAGAUACUGCCCCCUUCUUCCCCUCCUUAGGUUUUGGGAUGAGUCAAAAGGUGGGCCAUCUGGACUUCUUUCCAAAUGGAGGAAGAGAAAUGCCCGGAUGUCAGAAAAACAUACUUUCAACCAUUGUUGACAUAGAUGGAAUAUGGGAAGGAACGAGCAACUUUAUAGCCUGCAACCACCUCCGGAGCCACAAGUAUUACUCCAGCAGCAUCCUCAACCCCAACGGCUUCCUGGGCUACCCCUGUGCCUCCUAUGAGGAGUUUGAGCAGAAUGGUUGUUUCCCUUGUCCAGCUGAAGGAUGUCCCAAAAUGGGGCACUAUGCUGACCAAUUUAAGGGGAAAACCAAUGCGGUGGGACAGACUUUCUUUCUGAACACAGGAGAUAGUGGUAACUUUACUCGUUGGAGAUAUGAGGUGUCAGUCACAUUGUCUGGAGCAAAGGAGCAGCAGGGGCACAUUUGGGUUGCUCUGUAUGGAAGUAAUGGGAACUCAAAACAGUAUGAGAUUUUCAGUGGAUCUCUCAAACCAGAUGCAAGCCAUGUGCAUGGCAUUGAUGUGGACCUCAAUGUUGGAGAAAUCCAGAAAGUUAAGUUCCUUUGGAACAACAGUCAGAUAAAUCUCUUCCAGCCUGAACUGGGGGCUUCACAAAUCACAGUGAAAAGAGGUGAAGACGGGACAGAGUAUCAGUUCUGCAGCAAGGACACGGUGGGUGAAGCUGUCUUACAGACUCUUUACCCUUGUUAAAGGUGUGGUCGGGCUCUUACCUUUUUAUGAAAAUAAAUUUUUAAUGCAUUUGGUCUG